AAGGGAUAUGGGCUUAGCAAGGCAAUGGUCCAGAAUGUUCUGCACGUGACUACUAGGAAAGAAAGAGCUAUAAAUACGAGGAGGUGUGUUCCAUAUCCUAGUACUAUUAUCGUUCCCUGAACUCCAUACAUAUUCAUCAGUAUAAGGAAUACAUAAUUUUUGACAAAUGGGCAAGAGGAAGUCGAGGGCCAAGCCAGCACCCAAGAAAAGGAUGGACAAACUGGAUACAGUAUUUAGCUGCCCAUUCUGUAAUCAUGGAAGUAGCGUGGAAUGCCGUAUCGAUAUGAAGAAUCUGAUUGGUGAGGCUUCAUGCAGGAUCUGUCAAGAAAGUUUUAGCACAACUGUUACUGCUCUGACCGAAGCAAUCGAUAUAUACAGUGAGUGGAUCGAUGAAUGUGAACGUGUGAACAACCCUGAGGAAGAUGGUGCAAAAAAUCUUGAAGAUGAUGAUGAGGAGGAGGCUUAUGAGAAUGUUUAGCUGCUGUCUGAUGAUAUCAAGUUGUAAUUUCCAAAUGAUCCUAAUUUCCAAAUGAUCCUAACAGCGGUUGGGCAUGUCAGUCUUUGUUCUCUUAGAUGUCAUAGUAAAGACAUAGGCAAAUAUACUUGUGUAUGUUUUCUGACUUUUUAUGGAUGGUUGUGUUUCUGACAUAAAUCUAUCUCCUAACCAUUCUACA